AUGUGUUCGUAUACAGAUCCACUUCGUUUAAACGAGAAUCAUUUGUUUCGGGAAUUGAAAAAUAGUUUACCGAAAAAUAUUAAAGACACACGAAAUAUUUUAGAAAUUCGUGACAAUGUUUUGUACGUGUGGAAUGCUAUGGACUUUUGUGUGAUGACAUCAAAUGUUGCGAUAACACGCGGAGUAGAUGUUCCUUACCAAAAACUUCGACCUAUCGACCCUCCGAUCUUCGAAAUAAAAAACAUAUUAAUCAACGAAACUGGCACGCAACUUGCACUAUGGGGAAAUGUUGGUCUAGUUUUCAUGGAGCUUCCGAAACGUUGGGGCAAGGAUGGCUUGUUCCAAGGUGGAAAGGAAGAAAUACUCUGCGUGGUUUACAACGAAACUGUGGAAAUUCGAAAGGCAAGGUGGCAUCCUGGCUCUACGAACGACUCUCAUCUCCUAGUUCUGACACCGGAGAACACAUUUCGCUUGUACGAAUGCGAAUUGGGCGAUAAGCCGAAAGUGGUGAAAUGCUGGAAGGUUGGCCGUGUACCGUUCAGUUCACCGUCGAAGAUACCGGACUUCUCUUCGUUAGGGGACACAGCGGUGGACUUCGAUUUUGCUACGCCUGCUCUCCGCAAUCCGGAAAUGUUCGCUAGCAGAAACGUUAAUAAGAACAACGUGGUCGAUUGGAAUCAAAUUGAAUGGCCAAUUUUGGUACUCCGUGGAAAUGGGGAGGUGCUUAUUGUUCGUGGCAAUGUCUUACACGGCGACAGCCCAGUGGUGUCAGGAGCACUCUCUAUGUAUCCAUCGGCCGAAGACAAUUACGGAAUAGACUCCUGUUCGAUCAUGUGCCUGCAGACCACCCCCCCAAUAGUCGUUAUUGCUAUGUGUACCGGGAAGAUUUAUCACGCGAUUUUGUUGAAGGAAGAACUGGCCGAUAACGACGACGGCGGCGACAACGAUAAAAAGACAUGGUAUGGAUCCACUUAUAAUUUUCACACACCAGAGGAAGCGCUGUACGUUUAUGAAUGCGUUGAAAUAGAGUUAGGUCUCUUUUUUACCGACAACGAUGAAAAAUAUAAUUGUCCUAUACAUCUUUGUUCUGACAAAGGCAACAAAUCGAGAUACUUCUGUUCUCACAAUGCUGGAAUUCAUAUGAUCACUUUACCAAUGAUGUCUCAAUUAGAGGAAUAUAUCAAUGCACCAGAAGAGAACGAUGAUGCUCGUCUACCGGUGCUUUCAAUUCAGUCCAGCUCGCAAUAUUUAAUUUGUAGAAGAAUCAAGCACACCGAAAUGAACGAAGCUACGCCGAUUCUUGGAAUCGGACUUCUUCAGGAACCAUGCAUUCUGAUAGCUUUGUUACAUAACGGUAAUGUCGUCGCCCGAUCUGUCAUCGAUCUCUACUACGUUCCAAAAAUCGAACCUCCAGAGCCUAUAAUUGACAAGAAAGAAAAGGUAGACAAGGAGAAUUUUGACAUGUACAUAAAAAAAUUACUGAAGCAUGAAACAUCACAACCUAUUAUAAAAAUUGGAUCGAAAUCUGUGUCGUCGCGGGAAUGUUUGCAGCUUUUAUAUCACGCGACGGAUAUAUUUCGUAAAGAACAUUUUGCUAAACACGACACUGUAAGAGAAGAAAUUGGUAAAAAGAUGCGCGCAUUGAAAGUAAUGAAAACCCACCUAUUAAAAGAAUUGGAUACUUUAAUGGAAACAAAGAAAGAAUUGCAUCAGAAUGCUGAACGUUUAGCUGAACGAUACGAGGAUAUUAAGGAUGAGCAAGAGAAAUUGGCACAAAGAGCAAAAGAGGUAUUACGAUUAGUAAAUUACAAAGAACCUUCUAUGACUCCUAUUGAAAGAGCAGAAGCAGAGGAAUUAAAAAAAAUGGAGAUAAAAAUAGAAGAAAUGAAAAUCAAAUUGUUAGAACUUAAAAAGAAAUCCGAACACCAAACUGGACAUAUAGAAAACAAUGAAUGCAGUGAAAAGAAAACAGAAAUUGUAUUUAGAAAAGAUCAAGAAAAGACCAUUAAAACCAGUCUUGGACAUAUAGCAAACGAUAUGAAAGAGUUAAUUGCAAAAAUUAAAAAGCUUGAGGAAGAAGUGAGUAUUUAA